GUGCGUUCUUGGAAAAGAUCAUUACCACCCAGCAAAGGCAGAAGGACAGGAGCUGUGGACUACACCGUCUGAGCCCACCAGUUUAAUCAAUGGAAUGUGGUUUUUUUCAAGCUGUUUUUAUUACAAUCUAAAGAGGUAAAUGCCAGCGAGUCUAAGGAGGGCGAUGGGCAGGCGCGCAGGUGAGAGCCGACUCCCCAAAGAAAGCGCCUCGCACACGGGAACUGUGUCACUCUACCUAAUACACAGUUUGACUUUUUGAGGACAGACUCCGGAACACAGAGACAUGUCAAGAGACAGCAUGACAGCUGUACAUGGAGCCCACUCACACAAUGCAAGCCCCGCUUCACCGAAAGAGAAUGGACACACCGCGCCGAGCGCCGCUCAGCCAGACGUCAACUUUCCCCCACCUUCAGCUGGGAGUGUACCCGAAGAUGCCCCGGUGUCUUCUACCAGCGAGCUGACCCAGACCUGGGUCCACUUCGCUAAAACAUUCGUUCUCAUUUUUCCUAUUUAUGUAUUGGGCUAUUUUGAGUUCAGUUUCAGCUGGUUGCUGAUUGGACUUGUUAUCUUUUUCUGGUGGAGGAGAAACUCAGGAGGGAAGCUUAACCGGCUGAGCCGAGCUUUGGCUUUCUUUGAUCAAGAGGAGCGAAGUGCCAGUCUUACGACCUCUGAUUUACCACAAUGGGUUCAUUUUCCAGAUGUGGAGCGGGUGGAGUGGUUAAACAAGACGGUGAAACAGAUGUGGCCAUACAUCUGCCAGUUUGUGGAAAAAGUGUUCCAUGAGAUGAUCGAGCCGACUGUGAAAGAGUCCCAUGCCCAGCUCAGCACCUUUUGCUUCAGCAAGAUCGAUAUAGGAGAUAAACCCCUGAGGAUCAAUGGGGUCAAGGUUUACACAGAAAAUGUGGAUAAGCGGCAGAUCAUUAUGGACCUGCAGAUCAGCUUUGUUGGAAACACUGAAAUCGAAGUGGACAUCAAACGCUACUACUGCAAAGCCGGCAUUAAGAGCAUCCAGAUCCAUGGUGUGUUGAGGGUGGUGAUGGAGCCGUUGCUAGGAGACAUACCUCUUGUUGGAGCUCUGUCCCUGUUUUUCCUCAAGAAGCCACUUGUGGACAUAAACUGGACUGGCCUCACCAACAUAUUGGACAUCCCUGGGCUUAACGGCUUCUCUGAGAACCUGAUUCAAGAUAUAAUCUACAGUUAUGUGGUUUUACCAAACCGUGUCACUAUCCCACUGGUCGGAGACACGGAACUGGCCAGUCUACGUUUUCCAAUGCCAAAGGGAGUCCUAAGGAUCCACUUUCUGGAGGCUCAGGAUCUGGAAGGGAAGGAUAAAUUUCUGGGAGGGCUGAUCAUGGGCAAGUCUGACCCUUAUGGUGUCCUGCAGAUCGGAAACCAGCUUUAUCACAGCAAGACUGUUAAACAGACCCUUCAUCCUAAGUGGAAUGAAGUUUAUGAGGCUCUGGUUUAUGAGCCCUCAGGUCAACAUCUUGAGAUUGAGCUAUUUGAUGAAGAUCCAGACAAAGAUGAUUUCCUGGGGAGCCUUAUGAUUGAUUUAACUGAGGUGCACAAAGAACAGAAAGUUGAUGAGUGGUUUGAGCUGGAAGAAGCACCCACAGGGAAGCUCCACUUAAAACUUGAGUGGUUGUCUCUGUACUCUACACCUGAGAAGCUGGACCAGGUGCUACAAUGUGUGCGUGCAGACAGAAGCCUGGCCAAUGAUGGGUUGUCAUCAGCUUUGCUGGUCGUCUAUCUGGACUCAGCUAAGAACCUGCCAAGCAACCUGUCAGAUUUCACCUAUGAUGGGUUGAAGCAAGUCUCAGUUUUUAAGGCUCUGAAGUCAGCCAAGAAGACCAGCAGUGAACCCAGCCCUUAUGUCCAGUUCACAGUUGGACAUAAAACACAUGAGAGUAAGAUUCGGUACAAGACCAAGGAGCCUCUGUGGGAGGAUUGCUUCUCGUUCCUUGUCCACAAUCCCAGGAGACAGGAGCUUGAGGUGGAGAUAAAAGAUGACAAGCACAAAUGCACCCUGGGUAACUUGACAGUGCCUUUGAGUGGACUGCUUCAGGAGGAGGACAUGACGCUGACUCAGUGUUUUUCUCUCAAGAACUCUGGGCCCAGCUCCACCAUCAAACUGAAGAUGGCCCUGAGGAUCCUGUCUCUGGAGAAGCAAGUAUCCUCAGAACUGCCCUCAUCAGUUCAGGUCAGGAAGUCAAGUGUGCCGCAGCCAGCCACAGCUGCAGCCCCCACCCUGCGACUGUCAGCCUCUGAAUCCCCGCUGCCCCCGCCCACACCUCCACAGCCUAUGCACACUUCCACGCUCACCCUGCAGCAUCGGGACGGCGAGCCGUACUCAGCCAGCCCUCGCCACAGCACCUCCAACCUGAGCAUCUACAUGUCUAGCUCCCAGAAACACCAGUCUCACAAGGAGUCCACCCCCAGCCUGGCCUCGGACAUUUCUCUGCCCAUCGCCACCUUGGAGCUCCAGCAAAGGCUUCGUCAGCUGCAGAAUGGCUCGGCUCCCAGCCAGUAUCCCCUGGGUGAGGUCCAGCUGACUGUUCGACACAGCUCCCAGAGGAACAAACUCAUUGUGGUGGUGCACGCCUGCCGCAACUUGAUCGCCUUCACCAAAGACAGUUCAGAUCCCUUCAUACGCCUCUAUCUACUGCCUGACAAGAGCCGGACGGGGAGGAGGAAGACGAGCACGAUGAAGAGGACUCUUAACCCUGUUUAUGAUCAAACGUUUGAGUUUAGUGUGUCUAUGGUGGAGCUUCAUAGAAGAACUCUGGAUGUAGCAGUGAAAAACAGAGGGAGCAUCCUGUCCAAACAUAAAGGUCUUUUGGGAAAGGUACUGGUAGAUUUAAGUGGAGAUGAUAUAUCAAAAGGAACCACACAGUGGUAUGACCUAAGUGAAGAUGGUUCGUCGUCUCAAAGCAUCAGAAGUAGUCAAGAUCCACUCCUCACGUAAUCAAAAUACUUCUCUCCUGUAAAACAAACAUGAAUACAUUCAUCUUGUUAAUCUGCAGGUGCAUCAUGCUGAUGUAUUAAUUUAUGUUUUCAUAUAGUUUAUGGAAAUCAUUUCAGCAUGUAAGAAGUUUUUCCAAACAUUUCCUGUUUUAUGUCAUGAUGACAAUUGGAAGAUAUUGUACCAUGCCGUACUGUGUUGAAACACACUAACUGCCUUGUCUCUAUUUUUUGUGUUUUUGUGUAAAUAUGAACAUGCUAAAAUGUAUUACUGCAGGAAUUUGCAGGGGUUUUAAUGACAUUAUGUUUCCUUAAAGGAAUUUUUUUAUUGAGAUCUGUCCAACAGCUAUUUUUAAUCCAGUCUAGCAAAAUGUGACAAAUUCUUUGUUUAUUAUAAAACCUCUAACCAAAGGAACAGAUUCAGUCACUAAAGUAUUAGUAAGUAGCAUUUUUCUUUCUUUUUUUUUUCUUGUCAUGCAGUGUUAUUUGUUUGUUACCUCCUGUUCUUCUUUAUGCUUGAUCAAAAACAUGGAAUGCACAUAUGCAAAUGAUGAAAUGUCUGCUCUGUAUAUUUUUGGAGAUUUGUGCAAUAUUGGUGGUACUGAAUAUAGUCUCAGAUACUGAAAAAGGGGCAUUUUAGGGCUAUGAACAAGUGCUGCACAUUACAAACACUGUAAAGGAUACUUGAAUAAGAGUUUGAUGGUUCUAAAACCAACUAUGAGUCAAACUAAAAAAGUAUCAGUGAAGAUAAUUAUUGCAUUAUGUGAGCAGGCUGAUAGAAUCUGUGAAGAUGAUGCAUCUAUGUCUGUGCUUGUAUAGGUUUUGCAAUGCGGUUCAAACUGUUUGUUGGAAAUUUUAAAUAAAUUUCUUGUUAUAAAUCCCGUGCCUUAAUAACACACUGUAUUUUUUUGCCUUCUUUACGUUAUUACUCCAAAUGAUAUAAUGCCUGAUGGUUUUGAUGAAUAAAUUGUUUCUCUU